UAAUCUCUUUGCUCGUUUGCACGGUAAUACUUUACCAUUCGGUGGAAUCAAAGUCUUAAUAAUUGGUGACCUUGCACAACUACCCCCUGUAAGCGGUGCCCAAGUGUUUCGAUCCCCUGUUUGGUCUGAAUUUUUUCUCAUCUUUUUAACCACCCCUCGUAGACAAAAUGUUGAUAUAACAUUUUAUAAUAUAUUAAAUGAGAUUCGAAAUGGAUUCAUAUCAAAUAAUACGUUACAAACAAUUAAUGAUAAAAUAAAAUCUCCAUCUUCACGCACCCCUAUUGAUAUUACGCACUUAGUUGGAUUCUGUUCCAUGGCUGAUAACAUAAAUAAGUUAGCAUGUCUAACUUUACCUCAAGAACCAGAAGAUCCUGAACCCAUUAUCUCAACUGCUAUUGAUCAUAUUGACAAUCAAGAAUGGGAUGCAGUUGAAAAUGAUCAUAAUUUUCGCCAACAUACAAAUCUACCUGCAACUUUAAUUUUACAAAAGGGUGCCCGUAUAAU